AUGUCUUCUCUUCUUCCUCAAUCUGAAGGCUAUCUGCCACUGUACAUCCUCCUUGUUGGGGUCACCGCCUUCGGAAAUGCCAUUCAAUGCUAUAACACCAUGUCUUACACCCGCCGUCUUUACCCUGGCCAGGUUACCACAAAAGCCAAAUCUGCAGCUACCUCCUCCGAUACCGCUUCCACCUCCCCGGCCACACCUCUUUCUUCGAGAACCUUCGGAACUUGGACACUUGCCGUGGGAAUAGUGAGGAUCUUUGCUGCAUAUCACAUCAAUGAGGCGUCGUGGUACCAGAUGCAGAUGCUGACCAACGUCGUCGGCUUGUUCCACUUUGGAAUGGAAGCGUUCGUUUAUAAAACCAGUCGCCCAUCUGGUCCGUGGUUGGCACCCGUCAUCGUGGCCACCAUUGGAGAGGUCUGGAGCAUCGCACAGUAUAGUUACUAUGUGAGAUGA